AUGAUUAUAUGGUUGGCACCAAAGUUAGCCGGCCACCUUCUUGCGGGUCGACUAAAAGCGGAGGAGAAGAAAAGAGUUAUUGACAUGACAAAGAGCUUGGCGGCGCUUAGGAAUAUUCUCACUGAUUUGAAGGAAAAAAACAAAGAAAGUGUGACAAUCAUCAAGAAAGUGUACAAUGCGCGAACUAGAUGGCGCAAGGGGCAAAGAGAUGACAAGACGGAGAUGCAAUACUUGAUUUCAAAGUUGGAUAAGCAUAAAUACGUCUAUUUCACAAGACCAAUUAGUGAGGAAACCACCCUUGAAGACAUAUUGUUUGCUCAUCCGGAGUCAAUUAAUAUGCUUAACACUUUUCCCACCGUUUUGGUCAUGGACUCCACUUACAAAACCGAUACCUACUAA